AGUGAGGGAGGAAGCAGCGAUGGCGUAAUGGCCGACUGUCCUAAUUAAGAACUCCUUAAUGGGCCUGAAUAAAAGGCACUCAAGGGCUCUCAGCCAGCAUCCUUUUAGGAAUCCCAUCUGCCCCCAUGUCAUUUUUAAAAAACGAGUGAAAUGGUGCAAUUUGGAAUGUCGUUUAAGUGGCCGGUUGGGGUUCACGGAUGGAAAAAAAAAAAACACAAACACCCGAUACGAAAUGAAGGCCUUGAAUCCUUGUGAUUGCUGUAGGACAAAGAGUGAUAUCCACACGUAAAGACACACAGCAGAGUAAACGUGGAUGGUAAACGUGUGGGGCGCGUGGGAGAGGGCACUGACAUGUCCAUCCACGCAGCAGGUUCCACGAUGUUCCCCUAAAAACGGGCUGUUUUUGUUAUUUAUUAAUCAUAAUUGCAGCCAUACAUGCAUUGCACAUCUGGUGCAUCCACAUCUGGUCUCCCUCUUGAUUCAGAUAAACCAAUGGAAACAUAUCAAAAACACAUAUGCAAGAGGUUCUGCAAACAUGUCAACUUUAGAAACAAAUUUUGAUUUUUUCUAAAGAUGUGUACAUUUGGAAUCUGUGGAUAAUAAUCAUAUUUCAUUAGCGGCAUAAGUGAAAAGUCAUUUUCCAGUAAUGUGGAAUGUUAAUUUAAGAGAACAUUUAAAAACAUAUUAUUCAAAUUUAAACAUCUUCAGUGGGAAAAAUGCUUCUAUGGUGCUGUUUCACAUAAUUUAACAUUGUAACACAUCCACCCUGAGAUUUAAGAGCAUAUUCACUACCUACGUUUUUUAUACGUUCUUUUCAUUUAUUUAUUCAACCAUUUAUAAUUGACAUUGGAUAAAAUAUACAGGCAUUGUCACUGUGGCAACUCUCGCUAAUUAAGCUCUGGACAACAAAUUUUUCUUUGGAUUUAAUUAUGAACCAGUAAAGAGUCUACUCUGGGCCACAGCUUACGCCGAAACAAACCAACUGCUCCUCAGUCACAUGAACUCAAUAACCCCCCGAGAAACAUCGCCACAACACAUGCCUAUAGGUGGCACUAGGAUGAUUGACACACAAAACGUGAGCCCUUCAUUGAGCUUCUAACCUCAAUAAAUGUAACUUUACUUACAGAAUGUCAGUCCGUUACAAGUACAAUGUUACAAGUAAUGUAAAUAUAGAGUUUAUGUCCACUAAAUCAUGUAAACGUUAUGUGCAUUUGCAUAAUUAAUAUUUGAACAGUGUGCAUACACGUGUUGAAGAGGAUUUAUGUGGCUUUGAUAGACAUGUUCCUAUGUCUCUGUCCCAUCUCCAUUUGAGGGUUUGCCUGAUUAGCAGAUUACCUUUUAAUUAACCCUUUUUCAAAUUAACUUGUGACUAGGCACACUUCCAAAAAUGGUGGUGGUAGACCACCUGCUUUAAUAGAUCAAACUAUUAAAGGUGAGCAGUGGUAUUUUAAGCCAUGCCUCACCGUUUUUAAUGAGAAAAUGAUCAAAACUCUCAACAUAUUAUUUAUUAUGGCUUAGCACAGGGAGCCUCCGCUGUAGCUCCAGCCUGUAGGCACGCGCCCGUGGGCGUGUCCGUUCCCUGUGACGUCACAGCAUCAUUCCCCAUACCGCGAGCCAAUUGAUCCUAGACUCCUCACAGCGCCGCGCGCCUCGCCCUCUACACACCUCACUUUUUGUUUUUGUUUAAAAUAAAAUGCGCAGCGGCGUCACCGGGGAAGCGACCGACAAGUCGGGACACAUUUCUCUGCACUGAAACACAAGGAGGUGGACGUCUACGGUGAGGUAGGCGUAGGGGGGCAGGUAGUUUUAGCAUCCAGCUGAGCUCGCGACUCAAGCAACACCUGGACACAUCUGUCAGAGCUCCGCUUCAGUGACAUUUGGACACUUAACUUCCUGCAGGCAUCGCCAAGACACGUCGGGCUGAGCAAGUAGCCAGGAUGGCUGCAGACUACUUUAUAGGGACAUUUUUUUGACGCUUUCUUGUUUUUGGAGGCGGCGCCCAUCUUUAUUUCCAAAUUCAAAUCCCGGCCAGCUAACCCUCCCCCCAUACUUGCGAUGGCGAGCGACGACCCAUGCCACAGCAAGCUCCACAUUGACUCCAGCCAGAGCCCGCUGGUCAGCGCCAUCAUGUUCGCCGCGGGCGUCCUCGGCAACGUGGCCGCCCUGGUGAUGCUGGAAAUCCGCCGGCGCAGGGACACGAGGAACGGGAACAUGUGGCGCCGCUCGCUGUUCCAUGUCCUCAUCGUGGCGCUGGUGCUCACCGACCUGAUGGGCACCUGCCUCAUCAGCCCGCUGGUGCAGGUGUCCUACUCGCUCAACUCCACCUUGGUGGGGAUGUCCCGUGGCUCUGACAGCAUCUGCUCGUACUUUGGCGUCAGCAUGACCUUCUUCAGCCUGGCCACCAUGUCACUUCUCUUCUCCAUGGCGCUCGAGAGGUGCUUCGCCAUCGGGUACCCCUACCUGUACAGCCGCCACGUCACCAAGAAGUGCGCCUACAUCGCCAUCCCUGUGGUGUUCCUGCUGUGCACGCUGUUCUGUCUCCUCCCGUUCGCCGGAUUUGGCAAGUACGUGCAGUACUGCCCCGGGACAUGGUGCUUCAUCGACAUGAACCCAGCAGAGAGGGAGCACCGCGUCUACGCCAACCUGUACGCCACCCUCAUGCUGGUGCUGGUGCUGGCCAUUGUGGCGUGCAACGGCUUUGUGGUGUACCAGCUUUUUCGGAUGUACCGGCGGCGGCGGCGGAAUGGCGGCUCGGUGAUGGCGGCGGCGAGGCCUGGGGGCGAACGCAGGGUGAUGUCCAUCGCCGAGGAGGUGGAGCAUCUCAUCCUUCUGGUCUUCAUGACCAUCAUCUUCAUGAUCUGCACACUGCCCCUCGUGAUCCGGGUUUACAUCAACAACUCGUAUAAUAACGAGUCUCACCGAGAGGACCUGAAGGCCCUGCGCUUCAUCUCCGUCAACUCCAUCAUCGACCCCUGGGUCUUUAUCUUCCUCUCCCCUAGUGUGCUGCACUUCUGCUGGGCCUCGGUGUGCCGGGCUCCCCUCGAUACUUUCAGGGGCUCUAUAUUUAGGUCGUCCAUUGCCAAAGAGAGUAACCUCGCCAACCUCGAACUGUCUCGCCGGACGCUGGAGUACACCUAGCAUUUUAUGACCGUAAUGGCGCCCUGUUAUUUUGUGCCGGCAUUUAUCGGACUCUGGAUUUGGAUGCCGCGCUGUUUGGAAGAGGAGAGGCCCGCGACAUCCCUCAGGCGCGGGUGUUGUUUCUUAUCUACUUUAUGAAUGUGUUUCCAUUAGAUAAUAGCCCUCCAUGUCUAACAGGGAAAAUGUCGGAACCACUUCUACUAGCUGGGGGCCGCCCUUUCAGCUACAUGUUGUAAACAUUUGUGAAACCGGGACAUCUUGCCUCCUUUGCUGCUUAAGUUUUUAUACAAGUGUAUUUAAAAAAAGAAGCUGCUGGUGGAAGAGAGAAGAGUAUCAAUGGUUUAGCCUAUGCUGUAUUAAGCAUGUGCAGAAGCCCGUUUGAGAACACGCAGAGUCCAACCCAGAAAAAGUCAAGGAAAAAACCCAACAACUUGAGGCCUUGCGCUAAACUGCUGCUUUCCCGACUGUUUUGACCGGUGCACUGACGACAUGUCAUAUGGACUCGAGUAUAGAAACCAGGGGGCCGCAUUCAAAAAGCAUCUCAGCACUUAUUAAAAGAAACAGGUGGCAGGACUUCUACAUGCCAACCAACCACUAUGAGCAUGAGAAUCGGCUACUUUGUAAGCUUCUUUAAAAGUAUUUUGCAUGGUUAAGUAAAGGAGAGAGAAUUCUCAACUGUUACGACUUGAGUUGCUACAGGUGAGCAAAGCGGUGCACUUUUGAAAAGCAUACCUGUAUAUAAUCUAGACGUGAGAUACUAGUAUAUAAAUAUAUUAAACUACAACAUACAGAUUUUUAAUUUUCAGGGCAUGAUGUUUAAAACAUUAUCUCAUCACUUGUGGUCAGCUUUGGUAACCUUUCCCAUCGCAGGGCUUGUCGGAUUCCUGCUGGAAGGGCAAGAAGCCUGAAGAAACUCUCUGGAAUACAAGAAAGUCAAAACCACUCAGGGACUGAGUGAUAAACACAGAAACGGUUCUGCUGAGGGUGAAGAAUUCAUUUUAACAUGUCCAGUAUUAGCAUAUAAUAUUAUGUAUCCAGCAGUGGGCAAAUAUUUUUUGUGGACUAUGUCUGUAACGCUCAUAGAAAAAUUAUUAUGGCACUCAAAUAUAGCAAAUGGUGGUACUUUUUGAGGCGCAAACCUCCUUUUAUAACAACUUUCACUUUCUUAUAACUUCAUUAUGAAUAAAGGUGAACUAUAUGGUAGUCAUAGAAUGUUGGCGCCUUCACCCACAAACCGCCAGCUCAGCUGAAAUACUCCACCAAUCUCUUAUAAAGCACCUUUAACAUGAUUAAACUCUUUUCGUCUGCCAAGAAAGACAUGCUGGAGCUGAAUUUAGAGGGAGCCACAAACAAAUAUGGGGCAUGACAAGCUGUCAAAAGGUUUUUGGAAAAUCUUGCUAAAAUUCCAAUGAAAUAUAUGCUAUAUUAUGAAUGACAAAUAGAAUUU